AUGUCAUCGGCAGGUUUUGGGUGUGUAGGUUGUUCGAUAAAGCCUGUUGGUAAUAGGAUUUUGCGGGAAAGAGUGGUGUGUUUGCUGGAAACGGUUGUGUCAAGAAAACCGGCAUUUGAGUUGUCAUUGCUUGGGCUAGCGGUGGCAUUGAGGGGUUCGUUUGCGCUUCCGGUGGUGUCUGGGUUAUCCACGGCGGGGGAAAUGUUGAUUGUGUACCGGUUGCCUGAAGUAAUGGUGGCAUCGCCUGAGGAGUUGCUUGUUGUUCUCUCGCCACCGGGUUAA